UCGAUGCGCAUGUCAUGCAUGCGCAUGUUGUUGCAGUGUUUUGCUAUAAGUCCUGAAUUUCCUUUAAUGUUAAUCUAAAAUGCCACCAAAGGGAAAAGGUGGCAAGGGUGGUAAAGGAGGAGCUUCCGGAAGUGCAGACGCUGAGAAAAAAGAGAAGGCACCAAAGGGAGGCACUGCUGUAAAGGUCCGGCACAUCCUGUGUGAAAAACAUGGAAAGUGCAUGGAAGCAAUGGAGAAGCUGAAGGCUGGAGUCCGUUUUAGUGAAGUCGCUUCACAGUACAGUGAGGACAAAGCCAGACAAGGAGGAGAUCUGGGGUGGAUGACUCGAGGAUCGAUGGUUGGACCUUUCCAAGAAGCAGCGUUUGCCCUCGCUAUCAGUACCAUGGAUAAACCCGUCUACACCGACCCUCCUGUCAAGACAAAGUUUGGGUACCACAUCAUUAUGGUGGAAGGAAAAAAGUGACGCAGGAUGGCUCAGCAUUUUGAAAUAAUGACAUAUACAUUACACUGUGCUAUAUUGUGAGUUCUUUUUCUUGAUCUUACUGUUUUGAUACAAGUUUUGCUUUUUAAGUUACAGAAUAUUUAAGAAUAAAACAAUUAAAUGAUCUUUGUGUGUCAGCUUUGUCUUUGUCGAAUGUACACACCUUACUUAAAAAUUCAAGGGAAUACUCUUUCAGGCAAAACUUUUACAUUUAAAUAAUUCAUUGGUUAUCAUUUUCAGUCUGAUAAAGAAAUCAAACCACAAACGACCAAAUAAAUGUUUAUUCACUCAA